AUGGCGACAUCAAUCAACGUGGCAGGCCCUCCCGGUGAGGCAUCGUCCCGCGCAGUCAGGAUAUUCCAAAAACAGGUAUCCGGCGAGUGGACACGAAAGAGAGUGCCGAAUGGGUUACGCGCCGCACUCGACUCUCGGACACAGACUGAGACAGCCAAGAUCUUCCGGCGGGCAGGAAUGCUUGCCUUUCUUGCCUACCAUCUUGCACACACGCGACGCUCUGGCAAGUCGACACUUUUGAAGUUUGUGCAACUCCCCGAGGCCACACGAAAGGAGGUUGCACAGCUAUUUCCAAGUAUGCCUUCCGAGCUCCUUCUUACUGGGCAAGCAGAUCCCACAGAAUCAAGACCACCAACAACAGCCAAUCAGCCUGAGGAUCAAGACGACUCACGCCCGUCUCUACCUCAAGAUAUGAACCUGACAGCCACUGAAACCCCACAGCGUGACGAGUCGGCUCUGGGCUCUGAUGUUGACCAAAUUCUGGCCACGCUCGACGCCUCCCAUACAGGCACCCAGCCCAGCUUGAGCCUACCGCAGCCACUCUCAGCAACGCUCGAUGUCUCUCAUCACGAUGUCCCGGCCUUGGACUCGCAGGACAAACGUGAUGAGGCUCGUGACAUGAUCAACGCCCAUCGGGAUUCAUUCCCCUCAAGUCUUCACCAAACCGGACCGACAACGAACGAUUCCUCGCAGCAUCGCGCCAGCAUUUUCCCGGAUCCUCAGCAACGUCUCUCGCUUGCCCUUCCCCAGAAGAUUCCGGGCCUGUUUCCCGAGUAUAUGGCUGGCGCCAUAAUCAGAGAUUACAUUCAGACAGGCGAGGACUGCAUUUGCAGAGCUGCAGUCGAGGUUAUGUUCCCUCAGGACGGGCGUCUCGACUGCAUCAUGAGUCUCGAUGUCAAGGAAAACAAGGUCGAGUAUAUUGCACGCACGCUAUUUGACGUGCAGCUGGAGGCUGGCUCAGGAGGGAGGCGACAGAUUCUCCUGCCAAGAGGGGUGAGGUUAACGCUCAGCUCUGAAAUCACACUAUCAGGAGCUCAAGAUGAGGCCGUCAGAAAGUUAUUUGGUCCCGAGAUAUACGCGGGAAUCGUUGACAGUAGUAUUUACCACGGUGAACAACAAGAAGGGGCCUCCUCGACCGGAUGCAUUACCAUGGUCAUCCCGUGGAGAACUAACGGCCGGGCUACCAUAAACGUAGUGCUGGGGGUGAGGGUAGGAUAUCGUGCUGCAAUAGAUCUUGGUCUAUUAAUACCGUUUUAA